UUUACCGUUUCUGGAUAGGCAAUAGUAUAUAAUCAAAUCACCAUAUAGCUAAUAAGCUUAAUAAGCUCACAGGGUACACCCAACCACUUUAAACAGGCAAAACCACUAAAAACCUCCAUGGCUAUGGCUUCGCAGCCAACAGAAACCUGCAACGAAGCAGAAGAGCUAAGACAACUUGAUGUUGAAGACACUAAUCGGCAGGAGAGAGCUAAAUGGGUUCUUAAUUCUCCUGAUCCACCUGGCCUCUUACAAGAACUCAUCGGUUCUGCAAAAGAACUUGUCUUUUCCAAUGUAAAGAAAAAAAUUUCAAAGCAAACUAAAACAACUGCUGCCGUUUCAUUCUUUCAAUCCCUCUUUCCAAUUCUUAAAUGGGGUAAAGAUUAUAAAGUCUCUCAAUUUAAAAAUGAUCUAAUGGCUGGUUUAACUCUUGCUAGCCUUAGCAUUCCUCAGAGUAUUGGCUAUGCUACUUUAGCGAAACUUGAUCCUCAAUAUGGCCUGUACACCAGUGCAGUUCCUCCUUUGAUUUAUGCUCUAAUGGGGAGUUCAAGAGAAAUUGCCAUUGGACCUGUGGCUGUAGUAUCUAUGCUGCUUUCUUCUACGCUUCAGAAAGUUCAAGAUCCUGCAACUGACCCUGUUGCGUAUAGAAAGUUGGUUUUUACUGUUACUUUCUUUGCUGGAAUCUUUCAAGCUGUAUUUGGGUUAUUUAGGUUGGGGUUUCUUGUGGAUUUUCUUUCACAUGCAGCGAUUGUUGGAUUUAUGGCUGGUGCAGCCAUUGUUAUUGGUCUUCAGCAACUCAAAGGUCUAAUUGGGAUUACUCAUUUCACUAAUAAAACGGAUGUAGUCUCUGUAUUAGGGUCUGUUUUCACUUCAAUUGACCAUCCAUGGUGUCCUUUGAAUUUUGUUCUUGGCUGUUCUUUCCUCAUAUUUCUCCUAAUUGCCAGGUUUAUUGGAAGGAGAAACAAGAAGCUAUUCUGGUUUCCAGCUAUUGCUCCUCUAAUAUCAGUAAUAUUAUCUACUUUGAUCGUCUUCUUGUCAAAAGCUGACAAACAUGGAGUCAAGAUUGUAAAACACAUAAAAGGAGGAUUGAAUCCAAGUUCUGUUCAUGAUUUACAACUCAAUAGUCCACAUGUUGGACAAGCAGCCAAAAUUGGCCUUAUCUCCGCCAUUGUUGCUCUAACUGAAGCCAUUGCCGUUGGCCGGUCUUUCGCUUCCAUAAAAGGUUAUCACCUCGAUGGCAACAAAGAAAUGGUUUCUAUGGGCUUCAUGAACAUUGUAGGAUCUUUAACUUCUUGCUAUGUGGCAACUGGUUCGUUUUCAAGAACUGCUGUGAAUUUCAGUGCAGGAUGUGAAACUGUUGUGUCAAAUAUAGUAAUGGCUAUUACUGUGAUCUUAUCACUCGAAUUGUUCACUAGGCUUCUGUACUACACUCCAAUGGCCAUUCUUGCUUCGAUAAUUCUCUCUGCUCUUCCUGGACUAAUUGACAUAAAUGAAGCUUAUCACAUCUGGAAAGUUGACAAGUUAGACUUCCUUGCCUGUAUUGGUGCUUUCUUUGGUGUUUUGUUUGAAUCAGUGGAGAUCGGUCUUCUAGUCGCGGUAACCAUUUCGUUUGGGAAGAUAUUGCUAAACUCAAUUCGACCAAGCAUAGAAGAACUUGGUAGAAUUCCAAGAACAGAUACAUUUGGUGAUAUUAAUCAAUAUCCCAUGGCCAUAAAAACUCCAGGCGUCUUAAUAGUUCGAAUAAACUCUUCAUUACUCUGCUUUGCAAAUGCUAAUUUUAUAAGAGAAAGAAUAAUGAGGUGGGUGACAGAAGAUGAAGAAAAUACAAAGGAAAGAGUUCAAAUAGUAAUUCUUGACAUGUCAAAUGUAACAAAUAUUGACACCGCAGGACUUCUUGCACUCGAAGAGCUGCACAAGAAGUUGCUUUCAUAUGAAACAGAAUUAGAUAUAGCCAAUCCAAGAUGGCAAGUGAUUCAUAAGCUAAAAGUUGCUAAAUUCCCAGAUAGAAUUGGAAGAGGAAGAGUUUUUCUUACCGUUAGUGAAGCUAUAGAUGCAGGCACUAAUACCAAAUUAACUUCUUGUUGAUUGAUUUUGGUGGUCUUAUUGCAUAUAUACCAGCUAAUGAAGCUUAGCAGGCUUUGUUUCCUUCUCUCUCUUUUUUCUUUUUGUAAAAUUUGGGUAAAAUGUAAUGAGAUUUAUAAGCCUAAUUAAUGCUCUGUUUUGUAUAAAUGAAUUUAAAAUAUAAAAUUUAUCUGUAAAUGAAUUUUCAUA